AGGCGACUCCCACUCUAAGGGCAUCGGAUACGGGCAUCACUCCACGAUGCGUCCUCUGUCUCCCUGACUCCUCCUAACACAGCGGAUGCUGCCUGCCUCAUUAAUAUUUGAUCAGCACCUGGUAUCACAGCAGCAGCUCGCCACUUCUGAUGGAGAAAGCACAAUCUCUACAAGCACAGCCUGGAUCCAAGGAGCCAGAAAGUCCAGCAGAAGACAUCUCCAACCUCACGGAUGAAGAGCUCCUCCAAUGGAGCAAAGAGGAGCUGGUGCAGCGGCUCCGAAGUUCUGAAGCCGAUAAAAUGAGCGUCAUUCUGGAUCACAGUAAUCUGAUUCGGGAGGUGAACCGCAGCCUCCAGCUGCAUCUGAACGAGAUCCGGGGGCUGAAGGAGGUAAACCAGAAGCUGCAGGACGACAAUCGGGAACUGCGAGACCUGUGCUGUUUUCUGGACGAUGACCGGCAAAAGGGCAAGCGAGUGUCACGUGAGUGGCAGCGUCUGGGCCGCUUCAGUGCCAGCGUUAUGCGUAAGGAGGUGGCACUAUAUCUUCAGAAGCUGACAGAACUGGAGCGCAAGCAGGAGGAGGUCAUUCGGGAGAACCUGGAGCUUAGGGAAAUUUGUCUGCUGAUAGUCGAGGAGAAAGGAGGCAGCGGAGGGGAAGGAGGCCAAAGUGGGACGGGGUCCAUUGGGUGUCGCAACUCCAUUGAUAGCCAGAGUGGGCUCUUGGUACCCGGCUUGAUGCGGGACGUGGGGGACGGAAGCAGCACUUCUAGCGCUGGAAGCGCUGACAGCUCUGAGCAUCCACACCAUAAGCAGCCACAGCCGCUGUCUAGCGGAGGAACUGGGAAUAAAAGCCCGGAGAUCCAGAAGGCUCGUCCUGGGAAAAGAGGGGAAGGAGAUCGGGUGGAGAUCUCCAGCCCUGACCCUCCCGUCCGGCACAGAAGCACUAGCCUGGAGUAUCCCUUCGUACUGCCCCAGCCCUGCCGACCACGCUGUGGCUCCAUAUCUGUGCCUGACCAUCGGCUGAUUAGAGGGCUUAGUCCAGAAAAGUACGGUCGAUCCCUGGGCCACCGGAGUCCGGAGACUUAUCCAAAGCACCAUCUGGCUCCAGGACAACCCAUGAGUCCUGAGCUCUACAUCCAGAGGCACAGGGGCAGCUUAGGAAGUGGGCCUGGGAGUCCAGAAGCUAGACACCUGCUGCUAGGAACAUCAGAGCUCCACCAUGACAAAAGCAAGCUGGGAGGAAGUAGUCCUGAGAUGCUGAGGCACCAGUACAGCAUGAGCCCUGAACAUGGGAAGUUUGGCAGCCCUGGUAGAGAGAUGUCACCUCGGAGAUUGGCAGGAGAAGAGCUGUCGCCACACCAUCGGAGCCUUUACAAUGGCGUGAAUGCUUUGAUAUCAGCAGGAUGUUGCAGCAACAACUGCAGGAACGUGAAGCUCUGGGACAGGUGA